AUGUUUACGAAAUUCGAACUUUUACCCAAUGAAAUUUGCAUCGAAUGUUUUCAAUAUCUAACUCCAGCAGAUAUAUUUUAUUCAUUUGAUCAAUUAAAUUAUCGUUUGCAUACACUAAUACGAAGCAUUCUAUUACAUAUCAACUUCCAAAAUAUUCGGAAAUCAAUAUUUGAUGGAUUUUGUCAUAAAAUAGCAAAAAAUCCUGAAAUCAAAAGUCAAAUAAUUUCAUUACAACUAGCAAAUAAAGAUGCAUGUGAACAGAUUCAAGCCUUUCUUUCAUUAGUUCCACUUAAUGAACUUGUUCAUCUUCGAUCAUUAAUAUUAAUUAAUUUAAAUGCAGAUAUCGCUAAACAAAUUAAAAUAAUGCUACCAUUCUUGACAAAUUUAAGCUACUUCUCUUGUACUAUUACCGACUUCGGUCUCAGUGAUAUCUUAUCAGCGCCACAACAGUACGUUGAUUCCAUGUCCAUUAAACAAGCUACGUCACUUACAUCGAUAAUAAUUUCUAGCUGCGAUGCAAAUGAAUUAUAUCACAUAUUCAAAUAUGCACCAAUGUUAAGAUAUUUAAAAAUUAACCGAUUUUUUUAA